CGAUAAUUCGAUAAGGAAAGCUAGGCAUAACGACAGUCAUCUUCUUCAUCUCUAUCCCAUUAUUCCGUCAAUUCUCGGGUUAGGUCUCGCAUCCUUCGAUGUGAAUUUUCUGACGAUCGAUCUAGCUUUUUCACAAACUUGGAAUCUCCGUCACAACCUUUCUGUUCUUUAAUGCUUGCUUUCCGUCGUCCAAUUCUUGAUUUCUCCUCUGCUACCUAUCUCUAAUCCCCAAGUCAAUACUAUGCUCUGCAACUCAUAUUGGAAUCAUUGAAUCAAGUGAUUGGUGCCUUCUUCUCUUGCUUUCUGGUGGGGAUUCGAACACUUGCGGCCAUAACUUAGACCUUCUUUACGGGCAAGAACCCAGACAUAUCUAUAUCCUCCUCUAUGAUCAUAUAAUUCAGCAAAAAGGGGUUAGUUCUUAAGAGUGAAAUUCAAUACGCGGGAUUUGGAAAAAUGCAACUCUUUUGAGUUGUUAAUAAUUAACUCAUGAUUUCAAUGCGAUUAUGGCUGCGGGAAUGGAUUUUUCUCCCCCAUUUACCGUGUUAGAGGGCACUCAAGGUGGUUACAACAAAGACAAUGCAUCCAUCAUGGAAGAUGAGAAAUCCAGAGAUUCGAACAAAGUGAAACAAACGGCACUUGGCAAACCCCCACGGAACCUCUCCCACAUGAGACACAGCAUCAGCUCUAACAGGUUGCAAGCUGCCGCAGAUUUGAGUUUUGAUUCAGGGGUUGUUGGGAGUAAAUCGUCUUCUGACGAGAAGGCAGAGUUUCAACCCAUAUAUAGGUCAGGAAGUUGCGCUGAAACUGGACCUAAACAGUACAUGGAAGAUGAACACAUCUGUGUUGAUGACCUUAUUGAGCAACUAGGUUCAGUAUCAGAAAUUCCUUCUCCUGGAGCUUUCUACGGGGUGUUUGAUGGUCAUGGUGGGACUGAUGCAGCUACAUAUAUAAGAAAUAACAUCCUCAGAUUUAUAGUUGAGGAUCCUCAUUUUCCAACUUACCUAGAGAAGGCAAUUAAAAGUGCCUUUCUGAAAGCUGAUUAUGCAUUUGCAGAUGCUAGUUCGCUUGACAUCUCUUCUGGCACCACUGCUCUAACUGCACUUGUAUUCGGAAGGAGCCUGAUAGUUGCGAAUGCUGGAGAUUGUCGAGCUGUGCUAGGGAGACGCGGGAGAGCAAUAGAGAUGUCAAAAGACCACAAACCAAAUAGCAGCUCAGAAAGGUUAAGGAUUGAGAACCUUGGUGGGGCGGUAUAUGAUGGAUACCUGAAUGGUCAACUCUCUGUUGCGCGUGCGUUAGGAGACUGGCACAUGAAGGGUCCCAAGGGUUCUGCCUGCCCUUUAAGUGCUGAACCAGAGUUGCAGGAAAUCCUCUUGACAGAGGACGACGAGUUCUUGAUUAUGGGAUGUGACGGCCUCUGGGAUGUUAUGAGCAAUCAAUGUGCUGUGACCAUGGCGAGGAGAGAGUUGAUGCUACAUAAUGAUCCCGAAAGGUGUUCAAGAGAGCUUGUCAGAGAGGCUCUUAAGCGCAACACUUGUGAUAACUUAACUGUCAUAGUGGUGUGUUUCUCCCUAGAUCCUCCUCCUCGGAUUGAGCCGCCUCCUUCUCGAGUCAGGAGGAGUAUUUCAGCGGAAGGGCUCAAUUUACUCAAGGGUGUACUAGAUUGUAAUUCAUGAACACUUCAAUUUUUAUUCAUAUCACUGCUCAUCUGCUGCUGCUGCUGCUGCACUCUCUGGCUACAUUUCAGCAGAAUGUUCUUUUAAUUUGAUAUUUAUAAAACCUUCCUUCAAGUCUUGUACAUGUUGGGUAUCCUUUUUUCUGAACGACUUGCAUGCCUUCUACUCCAACA